AUGCGGCAUGGGCAGCUGCAGUCCAACAAAAUCUGGGUACAAGCCGCGCUGGUUCUCUGGCUCCUCUUCUCUUCCAUCCACCCUGCUGCCGUUUCUUCUUCCUCCUCCGGCGCCAGCACGAAAAGGUAUCUUCCUCCCCUUUCCAUCAUACCCUCUGCAUCCGCCAUCCGCUCAACCUGCGCGCCGCGCACAACAGCAUCAUCCCAACGCAUCGUUAUAUCGCAGCGCACCGAGCCAAGCGUUACGACUCAGCUCGACCCACCGAGAUACCGACAACAGCUAUGCUUAUAUGGUGACGAGGCUUGCAGGCGUUACUCAUCUGAAGUCUUGCCAGUCUCGUUACUCACGGCCAUUGGGUUCGCCGGGACCGGUUGUUUCGUCGGCCGCGAUAAAACCUGA